UUACUGAAUAGUCAGACCUCAUUCACUUCCAGCUGCUGCUCCUGCUGCUCCUCUGACUCUGGGAUAGCAGAGAACAUGCCUCGGGGCUCUGUGCCAUCACCUCUUUUAUUGCUUUAUUCCUUUUCUCUUAUCUUCUUCUCUCAUCGUGUGACAACCUCUGAGCCUGCAGCUGAUCUCACACCGAUUUCCCCAGAUAAACUGCUGGUUUUAACAGUAGCCACAAGAGCAACAGAUGGCUUCCAUCGUUUCAUGCAGUCUGCCAAGCACUUCAGCUAUACUGUGAAGGUUCUAGGACAAGGUUUAGAAUGGAAAGGUGGAGAUGUAGCAAAUACAAUUGGUGGCGGGCAGAAGGUCCGGUUGUUAAAAGAGGCCUUGGAAAGCCUUGAGGAGCGAGAUGAUCUUGUUAUUCUCUUUACUGAUAGCUAUGAUGUUAUCUUUGCUGGAGGCCCAGAAGAAGUGCUGCUAAAGUUCCAGCAGUCUAACCAUAAGGUUGUUUUUGCUGCUGAAGGAUUAAUAUGGCCGGAUAAAAGACUGGCUGAAAAAUAUCCUGUUGUCCGCAGUGGGAAACGAUUCCUUAAUUCAGGAGGAUUUAUUGGAUAUCUGCCAAAUGUUAAGCAAAUUGUGCAGCAAUGGAAUCUCCAGGAUAAUGAUGAUGAUCAACUUUUCUACACCAAAAUCUACAUUGACCAAACCCAAAGGGACAGCAUCGAUAUCACACUGGAUCACAAAUCUAGACUUUUCCAGAACAUAAAUGGUGCACUUGAUGAAGCUAUUUUAACGUUUGAAAAUGGAAAAGCACGUGUUCAAAAUUCACAGUACGACACCUUGCCAGUUUUAAUACAUGGAAAUGGCCCAACAAAGCUUCAGCUGAAUUACUUUGGUAAUUACAUUCCCAAUGUUUGGGCACCUGAAACUGGAUGUGGGACUUGUGAUUUAGACACAAUCAAUUUAUCUGCUUCAACUGCAUAUCCAAAAGUAACAGUUGGGAUAUUUAUUGAACAGCCCACCCCUUUCUUGCCUGAAUUCUUCAACAAAUUGCUGGCAUUAGAUUAUCCCAAAGAGAAUCUAUUUUUCUUCAUACAUAACAGUGAAGUGUAUCAUGAACAGCACAUUGUAAAGUUUUGGGAACAAGCCAAGAAUGUUAUUGGAGAUUUAAAAGUUGUUGGACCAGAAGAGCCAAUCACGCAAGCUGAAGCAAGAAAUAUGGGAAUGGAUAUCUGUCGGCAGAAUAAAGAAUGCGACUAUUACUUUAAUAUCGAUGCUGAUGUAAUGCUGACCAAUCCACAGACUUUAAAAAUACUUAUUGAACAAAACAGAAAAAUUCUUGCACCACUUAUAACACGUCAUGGCAAACUGUGGUCUAACUUCUGGGGUGCACUCACUCCUGAUGGUUUCUAUGCCCGAUCUGAAGAUUAUGUGGAUAUUGUUCAAGGCAAAAGAGUAGGUCUAUGGAACAUGCCUUAUGUAGCCCAUGUGUAUUUGAUAAAAGGCGAAACUCUCAGGUCAGAAAUGAAGGAAAGAAACCAAUUUGCUCUGGACAGAUUAGAUCCUGACAUGGCACUUUGCAGAAAUGCCAGGGAAAUGAAUUUACAGAGAGAAAAAGACUCCCCAUCUCCGGCAACUUUCCAUAUGUUCAGCCCCCCAAAGGGUGUUUUCAUGUACAUAACAAACAGACAUGAUUUUGGAAGACUCAUUUCAACCGCCAAUUACAAUACUACUCACUAUAACAAUGACCUCUGGCAAAUAUUUGAAAAUCCCGUGGACUGGAGAGAAAAGUAUAUAAAUGCAAACUACUCAAAGAUCUUUACCCAAAACAUUGUUGAGCAGCCAUGUCCAGAUGUAUUCUGGUUUCCAGUGCUUUCAGAAAAGGCCUGUGAGGAACUUGUAGAAGAAAUGGAGCACUUUGGUGAAUGGUCUGGCAGCAGACAUACAGAUAAAAGAAUUACUGGUGGAUAUGAGAAUGUGCCGACUGAUGAUAUCCACAUGAAUCAGAUUGGUUUAGAUCAGGAAUGGCUCCAUUUUAUAAGGGAAUACAUUGCUCCCAUUACGCUGAAAGUCUUCGCAGGCUAUUACACAAAGGGGCAUGCGAUGUUGAAUUUUGUUGUAAAAUAUACUCCAGAUCGACAAGCAUUUCUCCGUCCCCAUCACGAUGCAUCAACCUUCACUAUCAAUAUUGCACUUAACAAGAAAGAUAUAGAUUUCCAGGGAGGUGGAUGUAAGUUUGCUAGAUAUAACUGCUCAAUUGAGUCUACAAGAAAAGGCUGGAGUUUUAUGCACCCAGGACGUCUUACACACUUACACGAAGGUCUUCCUGUCACCAAUGGAACUAGAUAUAUAGCAGUCUCAUUCAUUGAUCCAUAAAAAAAAAAAAAAAAAAAAAAAGCAAGAUGCCAAAUUCUUACUUUGUAGCAACUCUUCUCAAGAGUUUUCUAUAUUUUUUGAUAAGCGAUUUGUUAUAAUUUAUAGAACUUCUUAAAAACAGAAAAUUUGCUACUGUGUAAUUAUAAAAAAACAUGUACUGACCACAAGUGGAAAUUUAUUUAUUUUUUUAAAAUUUGUGAUGGAAAUUCAGCUGCCUCUAAUUUCACAUUUUUAAAACGUGUAAGCUUUUGACUUAUGGAAUCUAUCAUCUCCUAUCAUAUUGUCUUAAUCAUAAGUCUGCCUUUGAAACCAGACCCCUUGUGUCAGAAGGUGCCACAGGAACCCUUCUGAACUGCUGAUUAAGUAGUUUGCGAAAUAACCUCUUUAACUCCAUCUAGAGCCAAGCACUGUAAUGUGACCGCACCUAGCGGGCUGAAGCCUCACAAUUCACUUGACUGCACAGCUGCUGUAUCUUAGUACCAUAAAAUCAACAGCAUGAAUAUCGUGGGUUUAUAUCAGUUACUUUUAUUGUGUGCCAAGGGAAACUUUUGCCAAGAGGCAAGGUGAAGACCAGCAGUGGCAAAAAGCUGUCAUUGGUAUCUUUAACGAAGAGCAGAAGUCUCCCCAAGUGUUAUGUAUUGCUCUAUUCCAAAGACUAAGCAUCAAGAUAUGUUUAACUGCCUACCAAAGUGAAGUGCCUUAAUAAGAAAAUAGUGUAAUUACUCUAUACACAAAGUGAUUCCCGUAAUUCCAAGUACACUUGGGAACAUGUAAUGGCCAAGAAUGGCUAAUGCUUGCACAUUUUAAAAACGUGUUCUAUGAUAAGUACAUUUAAUGAACAUGUCACAUUACUUGAAUUGUGUUGUGGAAACGCUGUUUCUGCUUUCUUAGGUUUUUUUUUAAUGGUGAUAUCAUUUUAAGUCAGUUUUCUACAGUGUCUAUGAUAUGAUUUGCAUAUGUGCAGUUCUUCGUAUCUCUUUGUUGUACUUGAACAAAUCUUGGGUCCUGAAAAGUAGACAAUGUAAAAAACUUGUGAUAAAUAAUUUAAAUAAA